AUGACACUCCGUGUGUCUACUGUCUUCUCCUUCGCCCUUCUUGGCCUCAGCCAAGUCGGCCAGGCACUGGUCCCCCGCCAGGAAGCCACCUUUUCCAACCCGGUAAUAUGGGCCGACCUCGCCGACGAUGAAGUCUUCCGAGUCGGAGACACGUACUACUACAGUGCUUCGACAAUGCACUAUUCUCCCGGCGCACCACUUCUCAGAUCCUACGACCUCGUGAACUGGGAGUUCGUCUCGCACUCGGUACCUGAGCUUCCUGGUUCAAAGUUCUCACUCAAUGGCAGUGACAGUGCGGGCUAUGUCAACGGCGUCUGGGCUUCUUCCCUGGGGUAUCGCGAAAGCAGCGGUGUAUUUUACUGGUAUGGCUGCAUCCAAGGCACGGAUGAGACGCACAUCUACACUGCGUCUAGCCCAGAGGGGCCGUGGACUCAUCACGACCCCAUUCCGAAUUGUUACUACGACCUCGGCUUAUUGAUUGAUACCAAUGACACCAUGUACAUCGCCUACGGUGCGGUCGACAUCCGCCUUGCGCAGCUAUCUCCUGAUGGUUUCACUGAGGUCCGCAAUGAGGGUCCAUAUGAAAUUCGGCAGGUGAUUGCGCAGAUGAAGGCCCCCGUCGAGGGUGCAGGAGCGCCGCAUCAGGGUGGUCUCGUAUCGACUGAGGACGGUAAGUGGUAUUACAUGGCCUUCAUCGACGUGUACCCCGGUGGCCGUGCUCCCGUUCUCGCCCCUGUCGAGUUUGACGCCGAAGGUUGGCCUUCGGUGGUCACAGAUGCAGACGGUGGUUGGGGUGUCGAGUACGCGAUGCCUGUCACAACCUCGAAGACAGUCCAGGGAGUUGGAUCCUAUGUCGACAAGUUCGAGGGUGACGCGUUGAAUCCCCGCUGGGAGUGGAAUCACAACCCCGACAACGACGCCUGGAGCUUAGGGCCCGAUGGAGUCACACUCCACACCGCAACGGUAUGCGAGGGGCUGUACGGAGCCGCCAACACCCUCACCCAGCGCAUCAUCGGACCCAGAAGCCAGGCCACGUUUCGCCUUGAUAUUUCUGAAAUGGUGGACGGAGACCAAGCAGGUGUAGCAGCACUGCGCCAACUGAGCGCUUAUAUCGGGAUCCACAAGGCUGAUGGCGUCUCUAAGCUUGUGUACGUUGAUGAGAUCAGCAUGGUCGUGCGAGACUCAUUGACGGACUGGGUGACAACCUCGAACGGUUAUGUCAAGGCGGAAGGACCUACUAUCUCCGGCGGCGAUCUGUGGCUCCGUAUCAAGGCCGACAUUUCACCGCCCGUCGCCGGAUCGAGCGCGUGGCCGAAUGCUACGUUCUGGUUUAGCACCGACGGUGAUAACUUUGAACAACUUGGGCCAGUGUAUGAGCUGAACAAUGAGUGGUUCUUCUUCAUGGGUUAUCGAUUCAGCGUCUUCAACUGGGCAAAGACUCGUCUGGGUGGUAGUAUCUUGGUUCGGGAGUUUGAGUUGGAGGUUUUGGAGUAA